UUUCACCUAAACCAACACGGUGUCAUCCUCGCGGUAAGGUAAAAUCAGCUGUUGAAAAUUUGCAAUUGUUUACUAGCAUAUGAAUUUUGUGAAUAAAAUUUAAAUCAUGGACGAUUUUAAAGUCCCAGGGCUGCCUGUUAAACACCAUCUACUACACCACCACCACAUGGAAAAGCCUCCCGAGCCUAAGCCACAAGAUGAGUCAACUCCGAAAAAUACACAGCCGAUCGCACCAAGCUGUCCUUACAAGAUACCAAAGUGGUCUAGGCCGCCCAUGCCAGACGAUAUUUACAAAUUUGAAGUGCUCAAGUCAGGCAUAAUAAUUGAUGAGGUGAAGGAACUGCAGCAGCAAGCCACAUGGAAGUUUGGCCGUUUACCCGACAACGAUGUGGCCAUGUCCCAUCCAACAAUAUCCCGCUAUCACGCAGUGCUGCAGUACAAGCCGAAAGCUGAAGACUCUAGCAGCGAUGAAGAGGACGAUGAAGGUGACCAAACAGAAGGCUGGUAUGUUUAUGAUCUUGGCAGCACCCAUGGCACAUUCCUUAACAAACAACGCAUACCGGAGCGUGUUUAUAUACGUAUACGAGUUGGUCAUAUGCUAAAGCUUGGCAACAGCACACGUGUUUACAUUUUGCAAGGGCCUGGCGAUGAUGAAGAGCCCGAGUCCGAACUAACAGUGACAGAGCUUCGUGAGCAAAAAGAACAAAAAGUAGCGGCUGCUGCUGCUGAAAAGGAGCGGAAAAAGAAGGAAGCAGAAGAACGUGAGCGAAAUGAGGGUGCCAGUUGGGGUAUGGGCGAAGAUGCUGAUGAAGAGACCGAUCUCACACAUAAUCCGUAUGCCAGCACUAAUAACGAAGAGCUCUUCUUUGACGAUCCCAAGCGCACCCUGCGUGGCUAUUUCGAACGCGAGGGUCUCAAUCUUGAAUAUAAAUGUGACGAGCUCUCGCAAGGAUCUUUUGUCUGCCGUGUCGAGCUGCCAUUGGACGACUCAAAUGGCAGACCAAUUGUCGUGGAGGUGACACAUAAGGGACGCAAGAAAGACUGCGUAGUGCAGUGUGCUCUGGAAGCCUGUCGCACGCUCGAUCGUCAUGGUGUGUUGCGUCAGGCGAAUCAAGAGGCACAGAAACGCAAGAUUGUCAAAAAUACUGACUCAGAUGAUGAGGAUGAAUUCUGGGAUCGCACAGGAGACGUGGCUCGCAAGAAGCAACGUAAAGCGUGCGCAAGCACAAAUGUUACACUCACCUAUGAGGAUUUGCUGAAACAAGAAACCGAGCUUAAUAUAGAGAUGGCCCAGGUGGAGCAUCAAAUUGGCGCCUAUCACCAAAAUGAGAAGCGUAUGAGAGAGCAGGCAGAAAAGCAGAAAAGCGCCGACGAUGAUCUUGACAACUUUAUGGACACUCUCAGUGACAAUGUGACGUCAGUGGAUAAGACUGAGAUUAAAAAGCUACGGCUGGAAGAGCAGCGCAUUAAAGCCGAGCAGCUUAAACUGCAGCGGCUUAUUAAAAUAGCCAAACCGACAAUGCUGCCCUUUACCCCGCAAGCUAGUUGCUCGACGGCCAGCAUCAACACACAACAGAGAAGCGCAGAUAAGAAGCAGUUGCCUAUGAUUGGCAAAAGAAAUCAAUUUAGCAAGUUUAAGGUGGUCAAAAUGGUGCCGAGCACAACAACAAAAGCGCAAACGGCUGUAUUCGCCUCCGAAGACGAAGAAGUUGAAGAGGAGGAGGAGGAGGGGGAAAAGCUUGCAGCGGAAACAGUUACAGAGCCUUCAACAAGUGAGCUUUCAAAGGAAACAACGGCCACAGACGUCGUGACGGAAGCAGAUUCAAACAUUUCAUUGGCUACAGCGGAUGUUAUAAACACAGACAAUGUGGUGUUGUCCGAGGCUGAGGUAGCGGAAAUCCUCACACUAAUAGAAGAAAUUGAUACCAGCGCUUCGACUAGCAGCAUGGCGACCACAAUAGUAGACUCUGCUACAUCGACAGCUACAGCCACUGCUACAUCCACAGCUACAACCACUGCUACAUCUACAACUACAGCCACAACUACAGCUACAGCUGUAGCCGCUGACGAUGACACGACUUUUAAGAAGCCUCGCGCACGCCCCAGACAACGCCAAAGGCAGCGCCAGGAUGUAGAUAUGGAUAUCAACCAGUUGGCUGAGCAUGAGGAUAGCGAAAAAUACGCUAAAUGGGUUCCACCGACUAACCAAAGCGGCGAUGGCAUUACGCAUCUCAAUGAGAAAUUCGGUUACUAAAAAAAAAUAAAUAUAGUUUUUACGUUAGGUGUCUACAAAUAAAAUUGAUGUCUA